AUGAAGAGAAAAGCAUCGAGAAAUGAAAUCUCUGUGAAGAGAAAAGCAUCGAGAAAAGAAUCGAGAAAAGAAAACUCGGAUCACCUUCCGAUUGAUAUCAUCCUCGAGAUACUAUCCAGAUCGUCAGCUAAGUCAGUCGCUACGUUUGGUCUCGCAUCCAAGUUCUACGCGUCCAUGCUUAGCCGUCCAGAUUUCACCGACUUGUUCCUCACCAGGUCCUUGACUCGGCCACGUCUCUUAUUCGCCGUCAAAUAUCACCGUCGUUGGUGCUUCUUCUCAUCGCCUCAGCUUCAGAAUCUAGUUGAUGAGAAGCCUUCUCUUGUAGUAGAAGCUGAAUUUCUUAAAGAUUUCAGAGAUAUCAUGUGCCCCGAAAUUUGUAGGCCCGUCUCUAGCUUAGUUCUUUUACCUAGAAUUCGGAUCUCAAAGGAGAAUAGAGAUCAUACAGAGCCGGUUAUAUGUAACCCUAGCACGGGACAGUACACGACAUUACCUCAACUGAGAAGGAUAAGUCAUACGAGAAGCUUAUUUGGGUAUGAUCCCAUUGGCAAACAAUACAAGGUACUGGCUAUAAGCAAAUCGGAGCAACAUAUCGUGGUAAUACCAACAAGUGGAAAUGUUUCAUGGAGGAAGAUCUCGUUACUCAACCAUUACCCUAAAAGUGAAGGGAUAUGCAUCGAUGGGGUCUUGUAUUAUGGAGCCGAAACCAAGGGUGUGAACAAGAUAGCUUGCUUUAAUGUUAGGCAUGAAAAACUUGGUUUCCUUGAGGCACACUCAUAUGCCAUGAACAUAUUCCUAAGAAGUAAUUAUAAACUGAUAAAUUACAAGGGUAAAUUAGGCAUGAUUAACUGGAGUUGGUAUGGUCCACUUUGUCUAAAGCCUAAGCUUAAGUUGUGUUUGUGGAUUCUAGAGGAUGCCGAGGGACAUGAAUGGUCAAUGCGUAACUACAAGUUGUCGCCGAAUAUAGUUGUUGAGGGCGAUGUUUCAGUCGUUGGAGUAACUACUGCUACUGGUGAAAUUAUUUUGUCAAUGGACUAUGCAUUUAAACCCUUUUUUGUUUUCUACUUCAAUCCCGAGAGGAACACUCUAAGAAAAGUUGGAAUCCAAGGUUUUAAAGAGUCUGAGAAUCCUGCUAGAGUUUACACCUUUGUAGACUAUACAGAAGAUCUCAAGUUUAUAUAA